AUGGAUGCUUUCGCCCUGCUGACUGGCGGGGCAAAAUUCGAUCGGCGGCGCUACAAGAAGGACAUCGAUGCUUUCAAUCCAAAAGCAGUCACCACUGCCGCACAGCAGCAGGCGGCCCUGGCGGCGGCUAGGAGGGCUGGCGGCGGCAGUGACGGCGGCGGAGUAGCAGUGCACGGUGGCAGCAGGGCCGGCGGCGGCGGUGGUGACGGCGGUGGCAAGAAGCGCAGCAGGAAGAAGCGGCGGCGGCUGGCAGCUGGGGAGGAGGAGGAGGAAGAGGAGGAUGAUGUUCGACCUGGAGGUGUGGAGAUGUUCGGGUCCCGAGGAAAGCGGCAGGAGGAGGAGGGGGGCGCUGGCGACAGCGAAAACGAAGAAGAUGAUGAUGAUCAGGAGGAGGAGCAAGGGGGGGAUGACAGUGCCGAGGGCGACGAGGAAGACCACGAGAAUAGCGAGGGGUCAGAAGAGGAUACGGGUCAAGAGGAGCAAGAAGACGAGGAAGAAGGCGGCAGAAGGAGCGAGGAGGAAGCAGCAGCAGCAGCAGCGGAUCGGCGGCGCGGCGGCAGCGGCGAUGCGACGACGUCGGGUCGGCGGUUAGCGGACCUGGGGCCGCUGGUGGAUGACGUCAUCCCCACGGUCAAUACCAAUGACCCGUACGAGGAGGCGAAUCUGAUCCGCAAGGCCCUGCGCAUCAAGGUUACCGGUACCGAUGUGCCCGCGCCGCUUAAGAGCUUUGCCGAGCUGGCUGCCAGGUACCGGGUCAGCCGGCGACUCGUGACCUCGCUGCUCUCCUCCGGCUUCACCUCCCCCACCCCCAUUCAGCGCCAGGCCAUACCCGCACUGCUGGGGGGCAGGGAGCUGCUGGCGGUGGCACCCACAGGCUCCGGCAAGACCCUGGCCUUCCUGGUCCCCAUCCUGGCGGGUCUGCGAGCUGCUCGCUCCAGGGGGGAGUGGCCCGAGGGGGUGAAGGCGCUGGUAGCCCGCGUUCUGAAGCUGCUGCUCCCCGGCACCGGCCUACGCGGCUGCCUGCUGACCAAGUCCACGGCGGCUGGCAGCGACUUCUCCAAGGUGGAUGUGCUGCUGGCGAAUCCGUUGCGGCUGGUGAAGAUGGUGGAGGAGGGCAAAGUGCAACUUGCGCAAUGCAGGUACGUUGUCCUGGACGAGGCCGACAAGCUGUUCGAGCUGGGCUUCAUGGAUCAGAUCGACGCGCUGCUGGCGGCGGCGCAGCACCGGGACGUGGUCCGGGCGCUGUUCUCCGCAACGUUGCCGGAGCGCGUUGAAGAUCUGGCUCGCAGCGUCCUCCAACAGCCUCUAAGGAUUACCGUGGGGCUGCGGAAUGCGGCCGUGUCCAAUGUACGGCAGCGGUUGCAUUUCGUCGGUCGUGAGGCUGGCAAGUUGCUCGCUCUGCGGCAGUUGUUGGCGGACGGCGGUCUGGUUCCCCCCGUGCUUGUGUUUGUGGGGAGCAAGGAACGAGCCAAGGCCCUGCACAGGGAGCUGAUGUACGACGGAGUCCACGUGGAUUCCAUUACGGCAGGUCAACCACAAGCGGCUCGCAAUGCUGCGGUCGACAACUUUAGAGCUGGUCGCACCUGGGUGCUCAUCGCCACCGACCUCAUCGGCCGCGGAAUGGACUUCAUCGGCGUCAACACCGUCAUCAACUACGACUUCCCGAGGUCCACUGCCGACUACGUGCACCGCAUCGGGCGGACGGGGCGGGCGGGCAGGUCGGGGGACGCGGUGACGUUCUUCUCGGAGGAGGACGGCCCCGCGCUGCGGCCCAUCGCCAACCAGAUCAAGGCGGCGGGUGGCGAG